AUGGCUACCCCUCAGAUCAUUCAUUUUACUGUUGUUCUUCGUAUCCUCCGUUAUGUCAAAUGUACUUUGGGGCAUGGACUUCAAUUUUCUUCCCAGUCUUCCCUGCUUUUAUUAGGCUAUUUUGAUUCUAAUUGGGUUAGUGAUCCUACUGACCGACAUUCUACCUCCAGUUAUUGUUUAUACCUUGGUGGUUCUCUCAUUUCCUGGCGCAGUAAGAAACAGAGUGUUGUUUCCUGUUCUAGUACGGAGUUUGAAUAUCGUGCUCUAGCUAAUGCUAUGUCAGAACUCUUGUGCCUUUGUUGGCUUCUUUCUGAUAUGGGAGUCCCUCAGUCGUCUACCAAUAUACUUCACUGUGACAAUCAUAAUGCCAUUCAGAUUGCUCACAAUGAUGUUUUUCAUGAAUGCACUAAGUAUAUUGAGAAUGAUUGA